CUCGUGAUAUCGGAGGAUGAAACUGUCACAGCAACACUAAGGCUCCCUGGUGGCAAGGGAGGUUUUGGGUCUAUGCUGAGGGCAAUAGGUGCUCAAAUCGAGAAGACAACCAACCGGGAGGCAUGUCGGGAUCUCAGUGGUCGGCGCUUGAGAGAUAUAAAUGAGGAAAAGAGAUUAAAGGAAUUUAUCAGCAAGAAAUCAGAAAGAGAACGAGAGAUACAGGAACGUAAGCGCCAAAAAUUUGAAAAAUUGAAGGAAACUCCAAAACACAUUUUCCAGGAUGAGUCAUAUUAUCAGCAGAGAGAAGUUCGGGAAAAAAAUUUGUAUGAUUCAUUAGACAAAGCUUUUUCCAAAGAACCAGGAAGCACCUCAGGCUCCCAGAAAAGAAGUUCCUCAGAAGAAGCAAAGCCAGUUGUCAAACCUAAGAAAGGCAGAUUUUUAGAUGACUUGGACGACUCAAGCGACGAUGACAGCAAUAGUGAUGAGGAAGAAGCAAAGAGCAGCACAGGAAAUUCAUCAGAUGAGAAGGAAGAUAACAAGCCAUCAGGACUGGAGAGUGGGAAAAGAAGAAGAGCCAGACAGUGCCACCAAGGAGACAGUGGCAGGCUCUGGGGCCAAGGGAGAAAGUGAUGCUGGAUACUCUUCUAAUAAAGAAAGU